CAAUUCGAAGCUGUUGGUCUCGAGGGUGUGACUAUCCCGCCAUACAUGUUCGAGUACACAAACUCUGAACUGGUGAAAGUGACCUUGUUUGGCGCUGAUAGACCGAAGUGUUCUGGUCUUAUUGUCACAAGCAAGCGUGCCGCACUGUUGUUAAGCGAUGGUAAGGGCAAGCUUCUGCCAAG